UAUGGAUGCUGCAUCCGUUCGGAUCGCCGAGAAGAGCGCCAAUGGGAAUGCCGCUCCAAGAUCUCAUGCCAUUCACUUUAAGUUGUUGGCCUCUCCUCUUCGCUCACUGCCUUCUCUCCCUGCUCUUACUCACAUGUCAGGGAGAACUCCAGAGGCCAUGCUCGCAGACCGUGGCAGAGAAAGUUAGCCAACAGUGCCAGCUGGCGUGCCACUGUAGAAGAUACCCUCCACUUCCCCCACCGCCACCUCCCCCGCCUCCCCCACGGCUAUUGGGCACCAUAGCAGCAGAACCAAUGGUGCCCUUGGUGAGACCCUGGUGGACAGACAUGGACUUUAUAGUGCUGGGAAUAGUGGGCUGUGCCUCGGCCCUCUUCCUUCUCUCAGCCAUCAUCAUUUGCUACAAGGCCAUCAAGAGGAAACCGCUACGCAAGGAAGAGAACGGGACAAGUCGCGGGGAAUACGCUAUGAGCAUCCGCACCAAGAAGGCCAUGGGUACAAACAACACUGUGGUAUAGACUUGACUCCAGCUCGGAACAGGAAGUGACAGCAUUCGUCAUCUUUCAGGCCCACCCCCUUUUUCCUCAGUGACCCCUUUUCUCACCCACAAUGCAACCGAGUUGCAGGAAACUCGUCCUUCUUCUGGUCGGACCGAAGGCACCAGUGAGCUGAAGAAAAGGUGGAAGGAAAUGCCAUGAAGGCAAGCGAGGAUGAAAGGCCCCACCCCACCCUCGACAGCCCCCCUCGUCCCCCACGACGUGUGUUGUUGAAAAGCAUCCCAGCAGGCUGAGCACUUGCUCUUAGUAAGAGCAAUAAGAGCAAGUGUUGCUGACAGGCUGCUGACUGUGGGCCAGUCUGCCGCACGUCCAGACCUCACGCGUGCAAGAGAAGCGCAGACAAUAGAGCGGCCCCACGGCGCCAUCACACACGAUAAAUAACGUGCAUGCACUUUUUACAGAGAAUGCAAUUUCUUUUUUUUUUUUUUAAAGAAUAUGCUCCAUUUUUGGUUCUGCAUUUUGGAGACAGAUGCCUUGCAGGGGCAUGAGCUGACUGUCACUCCUGACUCUGAGGCGUGCAUUCAUGACUAUGCAAUUUAAAGAAAUCCAUACUUUGAAAAAAAAAAGAAAAAAAAGAGGAGGCAACAUCAACACGUUCAAGAUUCACUGUAAUAUACUUUAGUCAUUCAUCUAUUUAUUUUCUCUAUUUAUUUUUCUACCAAAAAAAGAUAUUGUACAGUCCUCAGCGUUUGUUUUUGGGAUUUUUUAAAAAGUGACUUAUUUAUACACAAUUUUAUUUGGCCACAGAAUACCGUUGACGGUGUUGUGGACACAAUGAUGCAGAAAACGGCAUCGCUCGUUGGUAUCUGCGUGUUUGUUGAGAUUUCGUGUUUUGUCUCAAUGUCACGGUGUGCUUUCUCUAUUGCAUUACACGCUAGCCCACUGUUGAUUUUGUAAAAAAGUCAACUCAGUGCACGUUCUUCCUUUCAAGGGCAGUGGAGCCACCAAGGUGCAACGCAAUCCAUUCUGCGACAGUAGACUGCUCAACUCUCUGUCAGUCAUUUGUCAUAGGAAAGGAUUAAAAAUAGAAAUGUUAUCUUCCAGCGUGAAACUUACCAUCAUAAAAACUGCACUGGCCAUGUUUCCAGUAACUAGUCCUUUUAACCCUUUCAGGGAAAGAACUAUGAACACUUCCAAAAUGCAAUCAGUCUCGACACAAACCAUUUAGGCUCCUUCAAGAGAGUAAAAAAAGUGGAAUACCUGACGAGAACAGCUGAACUUUAUUUGGUUGUAAUCAUAAUCACUUGGUGACUCACAUUUAACAUGAGUUUGUAUGCGUUUGGUUAAUUUAGAGCACAGCCAAAUGCCCGGUUAUAAAAGAUUGUGCGCACUUGUCCAACCGAAUUACAAAAGAAGCAUCCAAAAAAUUUUUAUCAGCACCUGUGGUGGCUUUGGAGUAACUGGCAUGCCCCCCCCCCCCCACCCCGAGUCUGUAAUGGUUGGCAAUCCUUUUUUAAACUGAGAGCAACUUCUUGGUUACGGAGUGUGAAGCAAUACCAAAAUAAACCUCUACAAAUGAUCACUUGUACAAGAUUACGAGAAAAUCACAAUGUCCCAUAACUGGUUAGCUAUACAGUAUUUGGAAUACGCCCGUGUGAUCAUUUUAAAUGACCGCGAUAUUGCAAUAAUUUCCAUUUUAUGCCCUACGGUUAUCGUCACGUUUGUCUUAAUCAUGCAAAAGAAACACAGAAGAGCCAAAGAAAAAAAACAAACGCACUUCAGGAAUUAAUCUGGAAAUGCUCACUGUGCUGAAGUAUUACCGUCCCCCCCCUCCCCCCCCCCAGGCCUAGCGUCGAACUGAAAUUCCGAAUGACUGCAAACGAGCUGAGGACGUUUGACUUUAGAGGUUCCACUGUCGCCAAAGUGUCGUGUGUGUGUGUGGAUUCGACAAUAUUCCGUGUUUCUAAGGGUGUCACCAAGGACGCGUCACCUAUCACAAUAGAAAGCAGGGGGCUGACCUUGUCACUGGUGAGAGACAGGACGCUUGGCCAAUAGUCUGGGAUCAGGUUGCGUCUGUGUGUGUGUUGUCACAAGUAUCCUCCAACAUGCCCUCUGGAAGAACACAACCGAGCUGGACACGAACAUCAACUCAAUGUUGCUCUGCACUUUUCGUGUUUCAUUCUAAUUCAAUGUGUGCGAGUCUAGUUAUCGGCUAAUCUGUUGAAAACAAGAAGCUUGCUUUCAGACACGCACAGGCAGGGGCCAUGUACCAUAUACUUCGCGGUUAUAUGAGAGAUGUGACGAAUGCAUGAAUGUAAAUAUCGCUAUUUAAAUAUCCUGCCUUCUGGACUGUUAAUUCAUGCACAGGAACACGCGUUUCUACAUACGUCAAAGGAAAACAACGUGCUACCAUUUAGAGUUGUUAAUGUUGUCAUUGUUGAUGGAACAAGCCAUUCAUGGACAAAUGGUAAUCGAUACUCCAAACACACACACACUUUUCGCAUACAACAAAACAGAAAGAACCAUGUGCAUACGUUGAUAUCCUUGCUGACUUCUGUAAAUAAAAGUGUACAGAACAAAA